UUCACCAGUGGAGUCGAUUGUGUUGGCUUGGGUUUGUUGAAAAUUUGUUUCAGAAUGAUUUGAUAGUUAUUGUGUUAUCAAUUUCCAUAAGAUGGAUAACGAACCAAGCAAUAUAAAUAUGGUUUGUCGAACUUGCAAAUCCGUUUCGGCGGACAUGAGAAAUGUGUUUGAAGCGAACGAAACUGAUGGUCCCCGUAUCGACGAGAUGCUAAUGGCCUGCACUUCUAUUCAGGCAGCCGCCGACGACGAUUUACCAAAGUUAAUUUGCCAAAUAUGUUUGGAACAAUUAAAAAUUGCUUUUGUUUUCAAAGAAAAAGCGCUCAAAACAGAGGCAAGUUUGCGGGAAACAGCAAAAAAUUCAAAAGAAAAUAUGAUAAAGCAAGAAUUGGCUGUAAAUACAGAUUUUAUUGAAACACUUAACACAUUAUUUGAAGAAACAACAGCCCAAAAUGCUGAAGAUAAUCCAGAGAAUAAUCAGUCACUAACAACUGACUUUAUACAAAUUCUGGAAAAUAAUCAAAUUUUAUUGACAUGCCGAGAAUGUAUGAAAAUGUUCACUACUUUAGAAGGUCUACGUUGCCACAAACGUAUUCAUCUUGGUGGAAUGUUUAAAUGCAAAACUUGUGAUAAAGAAUACACAAGGCUAAAUCAUUUACAAAGGCAUGAAAUGUCUCAUGGCAGAAGAAAAGUACAUGUUUGCAGAAUUUGCAACAAAACUUUGACAAGAAUGGAGCAUUUGAAAAGACAUUUAACCACACAUCUUAGAGAAAAGCCGUUCAGCUGUAAAACAUGCAAUCGCGGUUUUAACAGAAUUGAACAUUUACACAAUCACGUUCCUAGGUGCAAAGGGGAAAUAGUGCAUAUCUGCGAUAUAUGCAACAAAGCCUUCAAUAGAGAGGACAGUUUGGAGGUACAUAAAAGGAUGCACGAUGUCCAAGCCCCCGUUCUACCUACUAUUGAAAACUUGGACAACAUUGAGGAUCACUAUUAUGAAAUUGAUUUUGAUGGUGAUCCCAUGCAGUUUUCCGAUAACUCAGAUUUAGAAGACUGCUUUGAACCUCACGUUGAGGUUACUGAAAACUUGGAUGAAGAUAAAAUUAAAGAAGUUGCUGAAAUAGCAAAUCAUGAACAUGAUGAAGAGAAUUUGUCGAAUGAUGAAGAUAAUGAAGGCCUCAAUUGCAUGGAUAAUGAUGAUCAGUCAUCAGAAGAUGGAGAGAUUGAUGAAAAGUGUGAAGUUGACAAGGUGAUGAUGGAUAAGAUUGAGCCUAAAGUUGAGGAUGAAGACAUUGAAAACUUGUCUGAGCAGAGCCUUGUGAAAAUAGUUAAUGAACUGGAGGUUGAUACAAUGGAAGAUCAAUCCAUAGACAGCAGCGAUGAAGAAUACAAGCCGCAUAAAAAAAUUCAACCGACCGGCAAAAGAAGAGGAAGACCGCCGAAAGACCCGAACAGCCCGUCGAAGCAGAAGAGCCCGAGGGUGCCCGGCAGAGGUCGCGGCCGACCGCCGGGCUCGACGAACAUCGCCAAGGUCAAGAAAGAUCCGGAAGACCAGAUCAUCGGCGAGUUUUUGUGCCCGGUGUGCGAGGACGUGUUCAAAACCGCCCUGAAACUGGACAGGCACGGCAAGAAACACCAUCCGGGCUCGAAGAUACACAAGUGCCUGCAGUGCGAUAAAGACUUCGACAGGCUCAAUCACCUCAAGCGACACAUGGCCUCGCAUUCGAGCGAGAAACCGUAUCAGUGCGAGGUGUGCACCAAGAGUUUCAACCGGAAGGACCACCUUGUUCAACAUCAGAAGCUACACGAGCGACAACAGGAUUUCGAGUGCGAUAUUUGUCAAAAACCCUUCUUCAGAGUCGAUCUUCUAGCGAAGCACAAGGCUUUGAAACAUGGAAUCGGCGAAAAAGUAACAUCUGAAAAGAAAUUUGGGUGCCAUUUGUGCAAUAAGUUUUUUACUACCGAAAAGUACAGAGACGUCCACCUAAAAGGCCACAACGGCGAAAAAGAGUACACCUGUAAAACCUGCCAGAAAUCGUUCUUAUCCAAAUCGCAUCUCACGGAACACAUGAAAUUUCACAACGACCAUUCCAAGAAAUUUUUGUGUUCGGAGUGCGGACAGAGGUUUAUAAGGAACGAUUAUCUCGUCAUACACAUGCGCAGACAUCGGGGCGAGAAGCCUUUCAAGUGCAAAUAUUGCGGAAAAGGAUUCCCAAGGACCACCGAUCUAACUGUACAUGAAAGAUAUCACACAGGUGAAAAGACUCAUUUGUGCACGAUCUGCGGACGAGGUUUCGGUCGCGCGUACAAUCUGACGGUACAUAUGCGAACCCACACGGGCGAGAAACCGUAUCAGUGUACAUAUUGCGACGCGGCCUUUGCGCAGGGCAACGAUCUAAAGGCGCACAUCCGUCGCCACACUGGCGAACGGUUCCAGUGCGAGCUGUGCACCGAGAGCUUCCUUAUGGGCUACUUGUUGACGCAGCACAAGAGAGCUGUACACGGCUUAAACGUCGUGAGCAACAUCCGUCGCUUGCAACCCGUCCACAAGAUGGAGGAGAACUCGGACGAGCCGCCACCCAUAACCAUUCCGUUGCCGAAGCCGGUCGUGCCGGACAGCAUACUCAACUCUUUGCAGCAUCAGCUGGCGGUCGCGCAGCUGCACCACUUUUCCAGGCCGGAGCAGCAGCUUUCGCACCUGUCCCUCGGCCAGGCGCGCAACUCCGACCAGCAGCAGCAUCUGCCGAUGACGUUGCAUCACAUGUGAAUCCGCCCCGGCUCUUAAAAUUUCUUUUCCUCACUUGACCGAUAGACAUGUUCAUGGGUGAUCGUUAAGGUAAUCUCGCCCACAAUUAGUCGAACAAAAAGUUUUUCUAUUCGAUAAUUUGUUCCAACACUAAUUAACCCCAUCCUAUUAGGUAUUCUAAUUAUAUAAACUCACCGACAAAAAAAACCGACACCUAAAUUUUUUUGACAAUUUUGACAUGUCAUAACUUUUUUAUUUUUGAUUUUAUUGAAAUGAUUUUUUC